GUGAGAGCUCUGUGUCCGCCUCCCCCUCUGCGCUGCCCUCCUCUCUGAGUUAGCUGCUCCGUCUCCUCCGCUAGCAUUAGCAUUAGCAUUAGCCUGCCCCUGGUAGCAGCCCGGGCGAACAUGGCCAUGUCGCAGGCUCUGUCGGAGGAGGAGUUCCAUCGGAUGCAGGCUCAGCUGUUGGAGCUGCGGACUCAGAACUAUCAGCUGUCUGAUGAUCUCAGGAAGAACACGACAGAGCUGAACACCGUCCGUCAGAAGAAUGUGGUUCUGGAAAGAGAUUUUGUCAAAGCACAGAAGGCUCUGAAUAAGAGCAAGAAAGCUCAGGAGGUGGAAGCUCUGCUGAGCGAGAACGAGAUGCUUCAAGGGAAACUUCACAGUCAGGAGGAAGAUUUCAGGCUCCAGAACAGCACGUUGAUGACUGAGCUGUCCAAGCUGUGUACACAGAUCGAACAGCUGGAACAGGAGAACCAGGAGCUGAAGGAGGGAGGAGGAGGCUCUGCAAACACUGCCCCUCCAAACCCCGCCUCCUGUCCUGUUGAUGGAGAACUGCUCCGCCUCCAGGCCGAGAACUCCACCCUCCAGAAGAAAAUGAAAGCCCUCCAGGAGCGCUAUGACAAAGAGCUGCCGCAGAGACAGGGCAACCAAAGCGUUACCUCAGAGACGGAGUCCGCCGGCGCCAACGGCGUCUCUGAUGUCACAGCAAGAGGGGAGGAGCCAGGAGCAGAGGGAACCAAUGAGAGACUGGAACAGUCAGAGGCUCAGCUGCAACAAACAGAGAAACAGAUCCAUGGCCUGUCAGAGAAGAGCGUAGAGAAGAUUGUAGCUAAGCAGGCAGCGAUAGGCUGGUCGGCUGCUCUCUGUCCAAUAACUCACUGCUUUGGACCAGAGCUGGAGAUGGCACUGAACACCGAGCAGGAGGAGAAGAGGCUGCUGAAGGAGCAGAUCCACCACCUCGAGGCAUCCAAACAGACUGAAAUCACCAAACUGCAGGAAGAGAUUGCAAAGCUCUCUGACAAGUUGAAGAAGAAGCAGGAAAGUUUUCAGCGUCUGCAGGGGGAAAAGGAGGCUCUGUACAACGACAGCAGGACAAAGAUCGAUGAGAUCAACCAGAAGAAAGAAGAGGAUCUGAAGACUUUAAACGUCCGCAUCCAGAAACUACAGUCAGAUGUCAUGGCAGCCAAUCAGAUCUCAACGGAGCUCAGAGAGCAGCUGCAGAGCAAAGAGAGGGAGCAUGAAGUGGCCGUGCACACUCUGAGAGACCAGGUAGCCAAUCAGAGUGCAGUCAGUCAGGAGCAGGUGGACAACAUCCUGCAGGAGAACGAUGCUCUGAGGACAAACCUCGCAGCUCUAGAACAGAUCCAGACGGUGAAAACGCAGGAGAUGAAUCUGAUGCGUGAGCAGCAGGAGGCGCUGACGAGCGAGCUGCAGCAGAGACGCGCUGAACAGGAGAGUAUGUUAGCUCAGAGAGACGACCUGGACUCCCAGCUGCAGGAGUCGAGUUUUGCAAACAGGAAGUUGUUGGAGCAGUUAACAGAAGAAGGACAAGAGAAGGACAAACUGCUGAGAGACCUGGACGAGGCCAAGAAGACGGCAGAGAAGAGGAAGUCCAUGUUGGAUGACAUGGCCAUUCAGCUGAGCCAGGAGAAGUCCGACCACAAGGAGGCGCUGUCAGACCUCAAACUGCAGCACGAGAAGGAGGUCCUGGGGGUGAGGGCUCGGUAUGAGAAGGAGCUCAGAGGACUCCACGAAGAUAAGAAUCGCUCUGAGGAGGAGAUCAGACAGCAGCUGAGAGAUGAGAAGGCUCGUACCAAAGAGCUGGAGGGGCUCCAGCCGAAGGUGGAGGAGUUACAGGCUCAGGUUCAGUCCAUGGAGGGAACCAAAGGGUGGUUCGAGAGACGACUCAAGGAGGCUGAGGAGAACUUAGAGAAGAACUCGCUCGAACAUCAGGAGGAGAUCAAACAGCUGCAGAAAGACCACACACUUCAGCUGGAGGGGAAGCAGUCAGAGAUGGAGGGACUGAACCAGCAGCUGGUGGAGGUGGAGAAACAGAGGGAAGAACACGGCGACACCAUCGGAAAACUCAAACAGGAGAUUAAGGACACUGUGGACGGUCAGAGGAUCUUAGAGAAGAAGGGAAGUGCAGCGCUGAAGGAUUUGAAGCGGCAGCUGCAUCUGGAGAGGAAGCGAGCGGACAAACUGCAGGAACGACUUCAGGAGAUACUGACCAACAGCAAGACGAGGACAGGUCUGGAGGAGCUGGUCCUCUCGGAGAUCAACAGUCCCAGUCGGACUCAGCAGACCGGAGACUCGUCCUCCGUCUCCUCCUUCUCCUACAGGGACAUGAUGAAGGAGGCUCAGCCGACCAGUCAGAACAAGCCUGUGUCUCUGUCUCAGUCCGGAGGAGGAAGUCCUCAGUCCCAGCGUCCGGCCGAGCUCUCAGACGACGAGGUGGGGGAGUUGUUCCAGCGUCUGGCUGAGGUGCAGCAGGUGAAGUGGAUGCUGGAGGAGAAGGUGAAACAUCUGGAGGUGAGCUGUUCGUCCAUGGCGGAGGACAUCUGCAGGAAGAGCGCCAUCAUAGAGACAUACGUGAUGGACAGCCGCAUAGGCAGCGCCGUCGGAGGUCAUGGAGGUCAUGGAGGUCAUGGAGGUCACGGAGGCCACGGGGGCCACGGAGGUCACGGAGGCUCCCAGGGAGAGAGAGGAGGUCUGGGUUCUGUCCUCAGGGACCUGGUGAAGCCGGGAGACGAGAACCUGAGGGAGAUGAACAAGAAGCUGCAGAACAUGUUGGAGGAGCAACUGACCAAGAACAUGCACCUGCAGAAGGACCUGGAGGUUUUGUCCCAGGAAUUAGUCCGUCUCAGCAAAGAGACCAGUCCAGGAGGGGGUGCAGCUGGGUCGGGAUGAGACUAUCACCUGAGUCUACCCGUCCGUUCCCUUUCCUCUCACUACUGUUGCUCUUCAAGGUGUGGGCUGGGCUCAGACUAACACCUGGAACCAGCAUUUCUGUCUUUCCCAUUCCCGAGCCGGAGACCUGCUGUGGGCUGGGACUAUGGUCUGGAGCGGUUAGGGCAACACUUCAGUCUGUCUGCUGGGCUAUGACUAAAUGCUGGCAAUAUGUUUAUGUUUCUCAAUGAGAGAACCGUAAGAAACUAAAGACACAGAGGGAACGGAAACAAGAAACAUUGGGCUCAGCUCAUUUAUGUUGCUGUUGAAUGUACUGUAAUUAGAUUGUACCACUCUGUUGUGUCCUGGCUAUAACCUGGAAACCACAUUGUAACUGUAUAUUUGACUGUAUAUUUUAGCUUUUGCUGGAUCUUAUGUCUGUUGGGUCCUGGCUAUGUCCUGGAACACACCAGCCUGAUAUCUACACUGACUGAUUAUUGUUUCCAAUGUGCAGUAGCUCUGUUGUGAUCUGGUUAUUUCCUGGGCUUCCUGUCUGCACCAAAAUAAUCGAUAUACUUUACUGGAAAGACCUGGGGUCGGUCUAUGCCCUGGGUUGACUUAGACUAUAUCUGAAGUGGUUGGUUCCUCUUUCUGCCGCAUCUCACGAGCUUCAGAUGCGAGACUCCUCGGUUCUUAUCAUUGCGACGUAAAGUUCCAUGUGUGGGUCAUGUGAUCAUGAUGAAAUCAAUGGCAUCGCAACUGAGCCCAGAUCAGCUGCAGGUGAAGAACAUGAGAUGAGGCUGAAAGAUCAAGUAAGAGAAGCUUUUAAUGGAGAAGUUAGGAGUUCAGGUUUGGAUUUGCAUGUGACUAUGUCCUGGGCGUCAGGGAUGCACGCAGCUUACACACCUUGACCUGCUCUUCAUGUUAACCACUGAAAGUGAUGGUGGCCAGUUGGUGUCCGGCUGUGGCUACUUCCUGGACUCUUGCACACAGAGACUCCUGUGUGUGUGGAGCUUUUACAUCGCAGCCUCGUGAAGCCGUUUCACUUCCCCUCUCAGUUAUUACUUUUCUAACUGGGAUGUAAAAUGUCUCUGAAUCGUUCGGAUACAUGAUUCAAAAUCUCUCAUGAAUUUAUCAAUUUAAUUUAAAGCAAGAAAAAGAACGUCUCAUGUUUCUAAAUCCAAAUUAAAAGAAACAUAAACAUUGGAUCAGUUUAAUUACUGGAUGUUUAGUUUCAAAAGAUUGUUGCUCGUGAUGCAAAUUGUCUCAUUUAAGAAACUCGAUGACUAUUACUGUGUUUGUUCAGCCUUUUGUCUCCGGGGUUGUGUCUCUGCCCGUGAAUUACACGACCUCUAAUUUAUCUUGCACUGGAAACAUUGUGUGUUUAUUUCCAUCCUGAGACCAAAUGUUGCAGAAAAAGAUUCAAACUCUCGGCUUCCGAUGUUUUUGUGGUUAUUUCUUUCCCCCGUCGGGCUGCGUCUAAUUCCUGCUUGAAGCAACUUAUUGUUUUGACUCCAUCUUUAAAUCUGUAUUUGUUUUGUGGGAUUUAAAAAAACAACUGAACUUGAACUUUAAAAACGACAAACAACUCCUGUCUCUUCAGCUUUUAUCCUCUGACUCGGGAACGUUAUCUUUUAGUUGUUUUUUAAUGUUUGCUACAUGGGCUCUAACUAUGUCCUGGAUGCACCAGGGCUCAGACUAUGUCCUGGACAUUAUGCCUGUGUCUGCUGUGGAGACUCCUUCUGAAACCGAUUGUUGUUGUUGCAGCUUUAAACACAUUUCUACGGAUUUAACUCACAAAAUAACUGGAAAUAUUUGAAGAAAUUAAAAACGUGCACUCUUUGAUUUUGGUCUGAAAAAUUCAAUGUUUGAUGUAAAUAUUCAACAUGGUGAAGUCAGGAAGUGGUCGAGCUGCUCUGACUGAAUGGGAUCCGUCUAUGUGCUGGGCAGUGACUCCGCCUGUUGCUCUGUUGUAUUGUCUGUAACAGCUGCAAUCUGUAUAUAAUGUGAACGCUGACACAUGACUUCUAACUGUAUAAGAAUCAGCUGAUCUAUUUAUGAGACUGAUGACGCUAAUUAUUCUUAAUGAUGAGAAAAUAUAAAAUGUCGUCUAAGA